UUGCAUAUGUAUUAAAGAGAGAAAAGCAAGAACUUGUUAUGUUCCUUUCAUAAAAAAAGAAAGCGAGAAGUUGCAUCUAUAUAACCUAACUUUGUUUGUGUUCUCCUUUUGAUUCCAGAUGACUCUGAAGUUCCUUUAUUGGAUCCAGGAGGUAAUAUUUCAUACACCCUUUCAAGCUGAUGCUCACCACUUUACAUUGUCUUUGUACCUUGUAUAAAAUUUAACAUACUCCCCUCUCCCGUUUCCAUUUGUUUGUUAGUGUAAGUAACAAAGACAGGUAGGAUAAAAUUUAAUCUCAGUUUUUUUUUUUAUUCUUUUGAUACCAGAUGGUCAUCAAGUUCGAGCUUUGGUGCCUGACUUAGAAGAUGGCCAUCAAGAUCUAGCUUUUGGUGCCUGACUUAGAAGCUCAAAAUGUGGGAAGUACAAGUCAACAUCCGGGAGCUUCAGUUGUGGAAAAUGCACCUCCAGAUCCGACAGUAUCUCUUCUAGCUUUGGAUAACAGCGUUGUCACCCUAAAAGUCAUUGAGAAGAAAAUGAAGAAGGUGGAUUCAAAAAUGGCUUAUUCUGAACAAAAAGCAAAUAAGGUCAUAGAGUCCUUAGGGAACAGAAUAGGAUUCAUCCUAUCUUAUUCAGGCGCUUGGAUUUUUUAUGAACAUAUUCACCUAUCAUGCGCAAUUGCUGGAUUGAUCACGUUUGUAUCCCUACUCAGCUUAUUCGGAGGAUUAGCCAUUGCUAUUUGGGCAGCAAGAGAAGAACUGAAAAGAAUGAUACCAGCUAUUGAAAAUUUGGAUCAAGAAGAAAAACAGUUGGUCAAAGAAGUAAAAGUGAUUAAAACAAAAGAGGAGGCAAGAAAGACUAAUCCAGAGGGAAUGGUUAAUAAUGAUCGUCUACAUGCUGAAGUCCAAUGUGAUGCAGUGGUUUCACGUUGUGACAUGAUAGUGAAUUCUAAAAACUAUAUGUGUAGGUUUGAAAGGUAUAACAGGCUCUUCAUUUGGGCUGCCAUCUGCUGUGUAAUAUUCAAUGGCGCUUGCAUAUGUUGUGUUGCUUAUUUCACAUAUUGCCGUGUUGCUGCGUUAAGGUGUACAAACCCUAUGAUGCCAUUACCUGGAGAAUCAGCACACAUGUUUAAUAAUGAUGUCAUACAAAAUGUCCCUGCUACUAUUGUUGAUAAUGCAUCAGAGUUUAGAUAUCAAGUAUCUUUGGGAGACGGGGUUCCACAACUCUGUCCAGUAGCGAGUAUCAGCUCAGUUGAACUUGCUCCUCAUUUUGUGCCGGUUUUGGCACCAACCAUGGAAGGUGGUCCUUGCUCAUCUAGUUUUGAUUCUGAGUUCUUACAUCCAGAAUUUUGCAGUGAAACAGUGGCUGAAGAGGCACAUAAUGGAGCAGGACCUGAGAAGGAAGCAACUCAGAAUGCCCUCGUCUUCACGGCCGUGAAGCCGCAGCUGUUUGUGAAAGCGGCAAAGGCUAAAGAUGCAGUGCAGUUCUAUAAACAUGCUUUCGGUGCUGAGGAGGUGGGACGUGUGAAUCACCCUAAGAGGAAGGUCGAGCAGGAGACACCACUCAUCCUCUCAGUUGAACUCAAGAUUGGUUCAUCUAUCUUCGUUGUCUCUGACCUUACUGAUGAGGACUCUACUGCUCCUGUGAAGACUGCUUUGACUGGAUAUGUUUUCUACUUGGAGACUGUGGAUGUUAGUUCUGCUACGGCCAAGGCUAUCGCUGCUGGUGCAAUUGCUGAAAUUAAAGCAGAAGACGGUGGUGCUGAUGGUGGUCAGGUUGGGGUGAAGCUGAUUGAUCCUUAUGGAAAUGUGUGGUUGGUUUGCUCACCAGUGAAGGAAUCUGAGUAAUUGAUGAAGUCCAUUGAUAAUUACACUCUCUUGUUCAGUUGCUUUUUUUUUUACUGCUUUCAAUUAAAUUCCGGUUUUGUAUACCGAUGAUGAAACUCUCAUAUCAGCUGUUGGCAAGUGUUUAUGGCGUUGAACUUUUUUGUAGAUCGAUCUCCAUAGUUGAUUUUGAACAGUGAAGACUUUUGUCUGUAGUUAUCUAAAGAAGUGUAAGUGUUCUCUGCUGGUGCAAUUGCUGAAAUUAAAGCAGAAGACGGUAGUGCUGAUGGUGGUUGUGUUGGGUAAAGUUGAUUGAUCCUUAUGGCAAUGUCUGGUUGGUCUGCUCACCAGUGAAGGAAUCUGAGUAAUUGGUGAAGUCCAUUGCUAAUUACACACUUGUUCAGUAGCUUUUAUGUUUUACUGCUUUCAAUUAAAUUCUGGUUUUGUAUACCGAUGAUGAAACAUUCAUAUUAGCUCUUUCUAGGUGUUAAUGGUGUUGAACUUUUUUGGAGGAUUAAUGUCCAUUGUUGAUUUUGAACAUUGAAGACUUAUGUCUUUAGUUAUCAGAA